GAUAUUGUUUGAGUUUUAUUUUGGGCUAGAGCUAAGUUGCUUAUUUUAACCUGUUACAGUCUACACCUUAAAUAGCAUAAGCAAUGGAAAUAAACAUAUUUCCAAAGAGCAGAGACAAGCUAUAAAUCUAUGCAAACAAUUCACUAUAAUAGAAAAUUUCAUUUUGCCACCUAAGUAUACAAAUAUACGCAACUAUUGAAUAUUCAUGAUCAUGUAAAUAUUCAGUAUUAUUCAAAACUCAGGCAGGCCUAGGCCAAAUUGAAUAUUAUUAAUUAUAUUUUAAUAUUGACCAUUGAUAACUUAAUCAAUGGGUCUUUGAUAAUCUACCACUUCAGCAUCGGUUAUUCAAAUAUAGUGUUGUUCCAGUUUGAUGCGCUAUUUAAAUGUUCAUUUUUUAUUGAUGUCCCUUAAAUUAAUAGGACAAGUCACAAUGAGAAUGGAGAGAGGUCCAUUUCAGUCUUGGUUUUCAGUGGCAUAUAUUAUAAACAGAGUGGUGAUUUUCUUGUUUAAGUGCCUGUUGGAGGACGAGUGUUCAGUUUAAUUUCUUUGCAGGAGUGCAUAGAAAGACAUAUAUCCUUCCAGGCUCACUUAAUGUAUUGGACAGAUGGGUGGCAUAUUCAUAUACUUAUGCAUGUGUCAACACACAGAAUGAUGAAAUUUAUGUGGAUAAGUGCAAACUAAAAAGACAGUUCAGCACAAAGUGUGAUCAUUUCCCUUUGCAUGAGUAUGAGUUCAUGAUUCGCAAUCAUUUCAUGGAAUUGAUAUUUUCAAGAAUUUCCUUGUUACUGUUACUGUUACCUUGGCCUUGGGGUAGAACCAUGCAUAAAAUCAAAUUCUGUCGUCUGCUUCUUUUUGUAUACUAAAUUGUUUACAUUUUUCUAUUUUUAAAAUUUUGUCUGUUGAAGUCUGUUUGAUUAUUUAUGUAUGUGCUGAAAUUAAUAUUUAUAAUGUCAUACAAAACAUUUCCAUUAAUUUCUAUUUGGAUCAAUGAUAGAAUUUAAUCUGUAAUAAUAAAAGAAUAGCUUUUAAAAUAACAUUUCAAACCAGAACAACAUGAUUUUUUAAUAACUGACGCUGAAGUGAUAGAUAACCACUGUCUUCAUUUAUAUUUCAAUUUCAUUCUAAAUUUGAAUUAUAUGACUAUAGAGUGUAGUUUUUACAGAACAGUGUAAUGUUGUAAGCCUAGCCUAUAUAAUACUAUAUUAUAUAUUAAGUUUAUUAAUAUUAACCAAUUAAAUUUAAUGUUAUAAUCAUGAUAAUGAUAAUCCAAUUGUUAUAGCAUCGUAAAUAUUGGGUCAUAACUAUUAUGAAUUAUAGGCCUAUGCUUUAUGUUGGCCUUGACUAGAUGGCAUUAGCAUGUGCAUAUAUUCCUAUUAAAUUGCCUAUGUCUAUACGUAAAAUAUAGUUCAAGUGAAUUUAAUUAUUCUUUUUUUAAUUUGAAACCCAAAAAAGUGAAUUUAUUUAUUAUAAGGCAUAAUUAAAAAUAACUAAGAUUACAUGCUAUCUUGACCAUUCUUUACCCCCCACACAAAAAAAAAAUCUACAAAAGCCAUCAAAGAAACUGUAAUAUUAUACCACAUCCUCACACAUUCAUUAUACUUUUGAAAUGUAAAAUUAAUAUAUAUUCCCUUACUGUUGGCAUUGAAACAUUACAUAUAUUAAUUAAUUAAAUAAUCAGAUUAUCAGAAUAUAACCCGUGGUUACGAUAGUUAUGUUCCACAUAUUUUUGAGCUUGGUAUCUUAAAAAUUGCAAGUUCAUAAUUAAAUUCUCUAAAGCGAUAGUAGACAUUUUGGUUAGUAAUUAAAUUUGCUAAAACUAUAUUUUACCCUCUUUACAAACAUUUUCAUAUUAUAUCCUUUUUUGCUUUUUAUUAGGAAUAAAAAUAACAUCGGCCUAGCCUUAUAGGUCACAAAUAUAAGAAUAAGCCUACACAUUCAUUUGGCCCAAGGGCCAUUUUGGGCAUUUCAUUCAAUAGUCCAACUCCUAGGUCUUAAGAAUUUCAUUUAUACAAUUUCAGACCUGUUUAAGUCUUAAGAUUUUGGAGUACAUUUUAAGUUGUAGGCCUAUACAUAUAUAUACUGUAUUUUUAUUAUUUUACUAUUAAGAUAAUGUUUCGAAUGAUUUUGUGAUGAUAUUGUACGAUUUUAAGAGUUUGAGGGUAAACAGGUCUGCAAUUUAGUUUUAGGCCUACUAUUCAUAAAAACUGAAAGAAGGCCUUAUCAGUAAAUUAAUUUGCUUAUACUUAACCAUUAUAGGCCUACCCUAUUUUAUCUCCCACAUACAAUUUUAUGACUGUAUUGAAUCAAAUUAGUGUUCACCCAAGAAGAUAAUGAAACAGAUAUUUUUUAAGCCUACUAAACUGGUAUAGUUUAUUUGCAUAUGCUUUGUCAAUUUCAGUCCAUUAAAAAAACAAUUUUUUAAACUUCCAAUCAAGUUUUAAGCUAUUCUUUUUAAAGAUAAGAUUGCAUAUCAACACCAUUCAUGCCAUAGUGAGCAUUUCUGAAAGAUUACUAUUUGAGAUUAUUUAGCAGUAACACUUGUUUUCAUCCUCAGACAGUGAUAUUGUUUUGCUAUAGAGAUGUUUGAAAUAUGGUACUCUUUUUAAAAGGAAUAGACUUUGCUUUAGAAAAAAUAUAUAUUUGAAUGCUCAUAACCAUUACUUUUACCAUUGACAUUAUUUCCUUUAUAAAUAACCUAUAAGAUUUUUUUUUUAGAACAUUUUCAAUUUAAGUCACUUUUAAUUCUCUUUUUUUUUUUUAAAUAAAGCAUGGACUUUAAAGUAGAGCAUGCAGAAGAAAAUGAAAACAAAAAUUUUGCUGAAUGGAAGGAAGAACCCCAUAAUUCAUGCUGGGGUGCAUCAGCUAUCAAUUAUUUUGUAGAUCCAUCUACUGAACAGGUAUUUUCAUUAUGUUGUCUAAUUCUCUUUGUUAGAUUUUAGCUUAUUUAUUCUAUGCUAUUAUUUUGUAAAGAAGCAUUUGAAUUGUUGAUUUUAUGCUUUUAAUUCAGUAAAUAAUUAGGUGUACAUUUAAAUUUGUAUGUCACUGAUUUUUAUUUAUAAUUUAUUAUUUUUUGUUAAUAUUUUAAAAUAUGCAUUCUUGCAUCUAAAUUUUGUCUUGUUCUAUUUAAGAUUGCAGAAUUAGAAGGCUAUUCAUUAAAGAUCGAAACAUCUGGUGUAGCUCACAGGCCCAAAGCACGCCUUGACUCUGGCACUGGUGGUGGAGCUAACAGUGAUGAAAUUUUGGCCAAAUUGUCUCGAAUCAAUGGUGCUAUUAAUAAAAUGACUAAAGAACAGAUGCAAUCUAAGCUUGCUGAGUAUAGACUGAAUACAAGGUUAAUAAAGUUCAUUUACCUCAUUAAAAUUAAAAGCUUACCUAGCUUAAAAAUUGUGAUAAUAGGGUACCCUGGUAUCAGAACCAAUUUUGACUCAAUCAAAUCACUGACAAUAGCAAUAACAUGUAUCCUAAAAUUAUAUUAGUGAUAUUGAUUUCUUUUCCCAAUUAUUAUCAAGCAUUGUAAAAGCACAUACAUUUCAGUAUAAUUUUUACAAUUAUUGCAGGUUUCAUUAAUAUGGGAGUCACUGCUGAAAUAUAAAUUCUUCAAACAACUAUUAAAUAUAUCUUUUUCUAUUUUUAUAAAGUGUUUAUCAUUAGGCCUACUCUUUAGCUCAAAGGAGCAAAAUAUUUCUUGUACAGUAUUGGAAUUUUCUUUUUACGUGUUAAAUAUUGUUGAGUGUAAAAAGUAACUGUUUAUUUAUUUGUUACAAAGUGGUGUGAAAGAUGUGCUAAAGAAAAGGUUGAAAAAUUACUACAAACGUCAGAAAAUGGCUCAGUGCAACAGAGCUCUUACUGACGAUGAGAAAAUGAAAUAUGACUACCUUGUGGUGAUUGAUUUUGAAGCAACUUGCAGUGAAACCAAUGAAAACUUCAUUCAUGAAAUCAUUGAAUUCCCAGCUGUACUCGUUGAUGCACAGAAUCAAGCUGUGGUGAGUUCACUAGAUUUUAAAAAAAUGAUGAUUUCAAUUUUUUUUUUGCUAAUCAACCCACUUCUAACUACAGAACAUAAGACUCUGAUUUUCUUACACUCACUUUAAGAUUAUCAAAAUAAAGUAAUAGCCUAGCGUGCCACUCUUCCUGCUGCUGGGUUGUGCACAUUCACAACACUGAUCAGUCCAACUACAUAACUGCUUAAAUGUACAGCUACCUGUGAGAAUGUAGCACUUCAUAACUGAAUGAUAUAAUAAUUUUUUCUUGUCGGCAUGACCUAAACUUGCAAGAAGUUUACUAAUAAUAGCAUUCAUAUAAAUGAAAUUAUCAAAAAGGCUAAUGAAGAAGCUAUUGCAGUUCAAUGCAGAAAGGGAAAAAUUGAAAAAAACAGAAAAUGUUAAUAUUAAAUAAGAAUGAUUUUUUUUUAAAUACAAUUUUUUUUAAAUCAACAUCUAAAAUAGUGGUAGUACUUCAGUAGUUUUUGCUGACAGUGAUGAUGGUGAUGGCAGUGAACUUGUGAAAAAAUUCCAAUUUUCUGACAUUUUAAUUUUAAGCUUAUUAUAUAAGUUAUGUUCUAGUUUAAUUUUCAUUUAUUUUUAUUCAUAAUAAAAACAAAAUGAUAACAUGUCAUUUCUAGAAAUUAAUGCAUUUUUAAUUAAACAAAAAAAGAACAUUUCAUAUCUAACACUGUAGUGCAUUUUUUAAUUUAAAAAAAUGAUAACAUUUCAUUUCUAACACUAAACUGCAUUUUUAAUUUAAGAAACUAAAAGAGUUGAAUCAAUUUGCUUAGUAGAUGGGAGGAUUUAGAUCAAAAUGAGCUUAGUUGGGAUUAGAUUUAAACCCUUUUUUUCACUAUUCAUGAAAUGAUUUAAAAAAGACUAGAAACUGUAAAAAAAAGUAUCAGUACAUUUUUUAACUGUAAAUAUCAAAGCCAUGUUAAAAAAAUUAAAAAUCUAGACAGCAUUUUGAUGCAAAGACUAAAACCAUUUUUUUUUUAGUUCAGUUACUUGAAAUGUAUCAUUUUUAAGUUAAUUUAUUGUGGUUACUCAAUCAUUUAAGUUUAUAAAAGAUUUGUUAAAAACUUUCAUGUGAUCAUACAAGAUCAUAUGAUUGAGGUUUUUAAAGUUCCUUGUAAUUUUCUUACCAGAAUAUUUUUUUUUAUUGUUGAAAUCUGUUGUUUUUUUCCUUCCACCAGUGCAAUGUUUUUCAAAGAUUUUGCAAGCCACGGGUAAAUCCUACUCUCACUGAUUUUUGCACAUCACUUACCGGCAUAUCUCAGGUGAGCAUUCAUUAAAAGUAACCCUGCAAAUCAAGGAUCAUGAGACACGUGGUAAACAAUAAAUAAGUUCUGAAUCUGUUCAAGGUCUUAUCAAUGAAAUAACUAAAUAUGAAUUACAAUCACAUAGAGCAUUUCUGUUACAGCAACAAGUCGACAAAGCAAAGGACUUUACAGAAGUUUUUAAGGAGUUUGAAGAAUGGAUGGCUAUACAUAAACUUGGUACAGAUUAUCAGUUUGCUAUUCUUACAGAUGGGUAAGUUUUACAAAUCUCUACAUUCAUUUAACUGCCAGUAACAGCAAUUUAAGAGUUUUGGACACCUUUGCAAAGUGGCCUGCAUUUUAUGACUCCUCUACAAUAACCCCGUAAUAGUUCUACAUCACGGAUGUCUUGGCAUGUUGUUAAUGAAUUUAAAUCUAGUCAUUUUUUAAAGAUGAUCCUACUUAUCUUAAAGUUGAUUUGUUUGAGAAAAGUGUUGGAAUUGAUUUUAGCCAAAAAGAAAUAAAGUUAUCAUCAAUCUUAUUGCAGAGAUAUAUCUCCUCUAUAUAUAGAUAUUGUUAAAUACAAAAUUUUGUUUACAUUUUAAGAUUUAUUUUUUGUACCACUAUGCCAAAACCAAGAAUCCCAAAAGAAAUUCUACCACCAUUAAUUCCUUUAGAUUUAGCAGCUGUAUUUAUUUUAGCCAUUAAUAAAAAUUUCAAUUUGAAGAGCCAAAAAAGAUCUUGUCUGGUUCUUCCAUUGAAGACUGUUUUUGAUUUAGUGUAUAUUUAGUCAGAACUUCCUUAUUAUAUCAGUAUGGCUGCCAAACCUUCUUCAUAUUUUACACUUCAGAGUAUAGACUAAUAGAUUUUGUUCUUAACAUAUUUUAAAAUUAUUUUUUUUGGAAUGUGAUUAUGGUGUCAAAGGCAAUAGAUUUUAAAUAAGCAACAUCUUUUUUAAGUUAAGUGAAAAUUUUUCCCUCUCAUUUAGACCUUGGGACAUGGCAAGGUUUUUAAGGACUCAAACAGAGUUAAGUGGAAUUGCAUUUCCUAAAUGGGCUAAACAGUGGAUCAACUUGCGCAAAGCAUACACAGCUUUCUAUGGGUGUGGCCGUAUCAAUCUUCAUCAGAUGUUGGAGGAUCUUGGAAUGAAAUUUCAGGGCAGACCUCAUUGUGGCCUGGAUGAUGCUCGUAACAUUGCCGCCAUAGCAAUUCGACUACUGCAAGAUGGUUGUAUUAUGAGAAUUAAUGAGCAUUUCCGGGAAGGACAAAUCAGCCCUCAAAAGUCAACUGGGUCCUCAAGGGCCAGCCAUUCGAGAGGUCAUAAAUCACCACCUAAGUCACAUACAAAUAAAAAAUACAUUCAAAGGGAUAGUGUCCAAAAGUGUAAGGAACCAUUUGAGGUUGAGCAGGAAGGUGAAAAUAUGCAUGAACUUUUUGAGUAUUUAAAACUUCAGAGGUCAUAGGUAUGGAAUUUUGUCUGUCUUUAUUAAGUAUUAAAAAUGUAAGAUGUCUGUUCUGAAAUUUGUUAAAAUAAUUAUUUUAUUUUUUCCAUACAUGCACUCUACUCCAGAUCUUAAGGUGGGCAACAGCAAAAAUAAUUAUAGGAAAUUAUUUAUUUAUACUUUAUUAUUCAUAAUGAGUUUCUUUUGAAAUGUGUUAAUUUUCUUGUCCUUUUGAUCCCUCCAAAGACAAAUAUGUAUAGACUAUUUAUUAUUAUUUUUAAGGGAAAAAUUUUACCUCUUAAAAAAAAAACAUUAAUUCAUUAGCUGAGAGACAAACAUAGGAGUAGAUAAUGCUAAAGAAAAAUGAUAAUAAAUUGGCAUUGGGUAACUCAAUCAAACAAAAUUUUUCAUUUAAUUUUAACUUAAGUAUGCUGGGAGAAAUUUAUUCUGCAUUUAUUUUGUCUUUAUAUAACAAUUAUAAGUUUGUAUAGAGUGCAUAUAACUUUUUUCAAUAUAUAUAAUUAUUUUAUACAUAACUUUUCCAAUGUCUAAUCAAUAACUUUUUCUCUGUAAAGAUCAGAAUGAUCAAGAUGAAAUCAUAAUUUGAAGUCAGGAGAAAUUUGUGUUUUCCAAAUUUAAGAUUAGGGGGGAAAUGUAUUUACAUUUUAGAGGGAAUAAAGGAUGGGAGAACAAUAAAACUUUUUAGGUGCUUAGGUGGAGCAUGGGGGAAAAAGGUUGGGAAACAUGUGUGUAUGUUUUCAUUGGCAAAUAUUCUUUAUAAUGAAAAAAAUAUUACAUAAAACAUUUUAAUUUAAGAAUUGUAAUGACAAAGAGAAAUUAGAUCAAUGGCAUUGUUUAGUUAUAUUCUGCUAACUUAUUUCAAAGGGAUUGAGACUGGUGAGUGUUAACCAUUUGUCAUCUGAAAAAUCUUGUAUUCAAUUUACUUUUGAGUUGAUAAAUGAUUUUUUUGUAAUACUUGAUUAAAGUGAAGUAUUGACUUUUUAAAAGUAUUUUAUUUCUGAAGUUUUACUAUAAAUCCUUGCUGUUUGUAACAAGCAAUGUCCCGAAGAAGCUGUUUGUAACAAGCAAUGUCCCCAAGAAGCUGUUUGUAACAAGCAAUGUCCCCAAGAAGCUGUUUGUAACAAGCAAUGUCCCCAAGAAGCUGUUUGUAACAAGCAAUGUCCCCAAGAAGCUGUUUGUAACAAGCAAUGUCCCGAAGAAGCUGUUUGUAACAAGCAAUGUCCCCAAGAAGCUGUUUGCAACAAGCAAUGUCCCCAAGAAGCUGUUUAUGGUAGUUUUACCAAUAUUAUUGAACCUGAUAUUUUAAAAUUCACAUCAACUUUACAUACCAGAUUUAAAAGUCAUGUGAUGCUUAGCAAUCUUUUUUGCUAUUGUAUUUCACUGUGAUAAUUUCACCCACUGUGGACAUAAAUGUGUUGUACUGUUGUAUGUUAAUUUAGUGAUGAUGAUGUUUCUGCAUCAGAUACAUGUACAGGUUUUCAGAGCUCAAUUUUGAAAACUAUAAAAGUCGUUUCCUACAAAAGAAGUUGAGAACAAAAUUUUUUUUUAAAAAUAGUUUUAUUUAGCUGCUACUUGGCAUAAAUGUUUUUGUUCUGCAAAUGAAAUAAAUUUCUUGAUUUAUGGCCAAGUCGAAUGCUGUUAAGGCCAAGUGGAGUGCUGUUAUAGCCAAGUGGAAUGCUGUUAUGGCCAAGUGGAAUGCUGUUAUGGCCAAGUGGAAUGCUGUUAUGGCCAAGUGGAAUGCUGAAAAAAAUUUCAUUUGUCCUGCACAUUGUUCUGGAUUGUUGUUUUUGACUAAUGUGUAGAAAAUUUAAUCAAGUCAUGCAGACCAAAUAUUUUACUACAUCUCUUUGAAGAAAUAGCCAAGACCUCCUAAAUUUUGUUAAUAAUGUGUUUUUAAAAUCCACUAUUGAAUAGUAGUUAUCCUUAAUGGGUAAUUUUGACAUACAUUUGUUUCUUUAUGAAAUCUGAGAGUCUGAUAAGCUUCAUUUGUGAAAUGAAAUAAAGGAAUCUUUAAAGAGAACAUUCCAGUCUUUAAGCUAUCUAAAUUUAACUGAUGUUUCGUUUCUUUAAGAAGCCAUGUAAACCAUAAUUGAUACUGAAAAGUACAUUAAAAUCAGAACAUGUUUCAAAAAAAAAAAAAUAAAUGUUCAUUGUUAACUGAAAUAUAUAUAUAUUGUAUAUAUUGUAAAUGCUUCAAAUAUAUCCUUCAUUAUUCAACACCAUCUGCUAUUAAAAAUAGUUUUAUCUCUUUACGAUUUUUAAGGGUUUUCUUUUCUUCCAUACUUUCAUGAGUUAUAAUUUUGCUCUGUUGCUGAUGAGAGUUUUGUGGCAUUAAACUAAAGUUUGGCUGGUUUUGCUCUAUGCUGCUAAUGAGAGUUUUGUGGCACUAAACUAAAGUGUGGCUGGUUUUGCUCUAUGUUGCUGAUGAGAGUUUUGUGUUAUUAAACUAAAGUGUGGCUGGUUUUGCUCUAUGCUGCUGAUGAGAGUUUUGUGUUAUUAAACUAAAGUUUGGCUGGUUAAUUUGAAAGGACUCUUAUUUCCGUUGAAUUAGUUUUGUAGAAAUGUGUGGCUGUAGCUUGUUAACUCCCCUACCUCCUUGAAGUUUGUGAUCACUUUUAUGUUUCAGCUGAGGGAUAUGUUACGAAGUUAAGUCCUUCCAGUUUCUUUUUGUUGCUGUUUCAAUGUAGACUGAAAGUGCAGAAGAAAUAUUUGAAAAAGACUGUGUACUAAACUAAAACAAAUACGUUAUUUCUUAUAAUUACAUAGAUGUUUUUUGAAGCCAGCAGCGGUGUAAUUUGCUUGUUUCUGUUUAUUGUUAAAACUCCAUUACUAAUGUGAGAAUAGUAAUAAUAAAAUGUGAUUGUGACAAAUUAAGAGUUAGCACAUCUUUGAAUUUUCUGGUCAUCAUUUUAAGACUUUUGUUAUGUCGAUUCAUAACAUUCUAUUUUGAAGAAAUCUAUGCAAUCAAAAGAGAUUUUUAAAUUUAAUCAUAAAUUUAAGAGAGGAAAUUAAAGAAAUUUUUUGUUUUAAUAGUUGC